UCAUCAAUGGUCAUUCCGUCAUUCGUCAGAUAUAAUCAGAAUUGGACUCGUAGAGCAACCGGCAAGAAAAUUAUAAACAAUUGUACAUUAUAUAGAUUUAUAAAAUGACUGCGUUUGAAGAAUUCGGAGUUCUUUCCGAGUUAGGCAAGGCGAUUGAUGAAAUGGACUGGAAUCUUCCAACAGAUGUUCAGGCUGAAGCUAUUCCGCUUAUUCUAGGCGGCGGUGAUGUGCUUAUGGCUGCUGAGACCGGUAGUGGUAAGACCGGUGCCUUCUGCCUUCCAAUAUUACAGAUAGUUUGGGAAACUUUAAAAGAUAUUCAAGAAGGAAAAACUAGCAAGGUGAUAUCUCCAGUUUCGACGGAAUGGACAAUGUCACUAUUCGAUCGCACUGAUGCUUUAGCCGUCACUCCAGAUGGUUUGCGAUGCCAAUCUCGGGAUCAGAAUGGAUGGCACGGAUGCAGGGCUACUAAGGGUGUUCACACGAAGGGAGCAUACUAUUAUGAAGCUACUGUAACAGAUGAAGGCUUAUGUCGUGUAGGGUGGUCUACACAAGCUGCAAGAUUAGAUUUGGGUACAGAUAGCCUUGGCUAUGGUUUUGGUGGUACAGGCAAGAAAUCAAAUGCUAAAAAUUUUGAGGACUAUGGCAAUGCUUAUGGGAAGAAUGAUGUUAUUGGUUGUUUCUUAAAUUUGAACAACGGUGACAUUUCUUACACAAUAAAUGGCGAGGAUAUGGGUGUAGCAUUUAAAUUAAAUCAGUCAAAACGUUGUGACUGUUACUUCCCAGCUAUUGUAUUAAAGAAUGCUGAGAUGAGCUUCAAUUUUGGCAGCACACCAUUUAAGUAUCCUCCAAAAGGGGACUACGUAGGAAUAUCUCGGGCUUCAAAAGAUUGUGUAAAACAGAAUAUUGUAUCAGCUGUUGCAUCUACUGGAGCUAAACAAGUCAACAAUGCUCCCCAGGCUAUAAUAAUAGAGCCAUCGAGAGAAUUAGCAGAACAAACAUGUAACCAAAUAACAUUGUUCAAAAAAUAUCUAGACAAUCCCAAAGUAAGAGAACUACUUGUUGUUGGAGGCAUUAACGUGAAAGAUCAGAUUAAUCAGUUGAACUCUGGUGUGGAUAUUGUUGUCGGUACACCUGGCCGACUUGAGGAUCUUAUUCAAGGAGGUUAUUUAGCAUUGACUCAUUGUCGCUUCUUUGUACUGGAUGAGGCUGACGGUCUCCUCAAGGCUGGCUGCGGCGAACUCAUUGAGAGGCUUCACAGACAAAUACCAAAGAUCACGUCGGACGGUCGCCGCCUACAGAUGGUUGUUUGCUCAGCAACAUUGCACGCUUUCGAAGUCAAGAAAAUGGCGGAAAAGUUGAUGCACUUCCCUACGUGGGUGGACCUGAAAGGCGAGGAUGCGGUGCCGGAGACCGUGCACCACGUCGUCGUCAAUGUCGACCCGCAGCGCGACCGCGGUUGGGAGACGCAGCGCAGCCAAAUAAUGACGGAUGGCGUGCAUGGGAAAGAUAAUAUUCGCAGCGGGAACACCACUCCGGAGACACUAUCAGAGGCUGUGAAAAUUCUCAAAGGAGAAUAUUGCGUACGAGCCAUUCGAGAACACAAAAUGGAUAGAGCAAUUAUCUUCUGCCGUACAAAACUGGACUGCGAUAACUUAGAGCGGUAUCUGAAGUCUUUUAAAAACGAGUUCUCGUGCGUGUGCCUGCAUGGAGACCGCAAGCCUGCUGAGCGGAAGGCUAAUUUAGAACAGUUCAAGCAGAAGCAGGUCAAGUUCCUCAUCUGCACCGAUGUCGCCGCUAGAGGAAUCGAUAUUUCGGGACUGCCUUUUAUGAUCAAUGUGACAUUACCGGACGAGAAAUCAAAUUAUGUACAUCGCAUCGGUCGUGUGGGUCGAGCUGAACGAAUGGGAUUGGCCAUAAGUCUCGUAUCCACUGUGCCAGAAAAGGUGUGGUACCACGGCGAAUGGUGUUCAUCACGAGGUCGAAACUGCUGGAACACUAAUCUAGUUGAUGACAGACCUAAAGGUUGCUGCAUGUGGUAUAACGAGCCACAGUACCUUGCGGAUAUUGAAGACCAUUUGAAUAUAACAAUACAGCAAAUAGAAACUGAUAUGAAAGUACCAAGUAACGAGUUUGACGGAAAAGUUGUUUAUGGUCAAAAAAGAACACAAGUUGGUUCUGGCUAUCAGGAUCACGUCACUCAAAUGGCGCCGGUGGUUAGAUCCCUACAAGAAUUGGAGUCUCAAGCACAGCUGUAUUACCUAAAGAUGCAUCAUAAUGUGGCAGUGGCGUAAUAUGAACAUUUAAACUAUUUAUUAUAAGCUCAUAUACACAGCAUGAGCAAUAGC